CGGGUUGUAUUUUCAUUUAGUAGAUAACCAUAGCUUAACCGAUCGAGUCGACCGGUCAAAUUGUACGUUUUUUCUUCGGUGACUUAAACGCUCGUGUACGAUAAUUCGAAAAUAGAAAAAAUUCAAAUCGUCGAAAACUUUGCGCGAUUCGAAUAAUUACGCGAUAAUGUGACAGUGUUGUUCGAAAGAAUUUAGUGAACGGGUUUUAACCUUUUUUUUCACAUUGCAAUUUUUUUUACGUACCUAUACCUCUCAUCAACUUGGCAACAAAAAAAAUGUCUAUACUGGAAACUCUGAUGAUGGAAAAUUGCGGCGGCCAGAUCGCCCUAGCAGCCGAUUCCAACAAUAACACGAAUGUGGAAAAAUGCGAAAAAUAUUCCCUACGUCCGAGAACGAUAACGAAACAACGCGAAGACGAAGAGUUCGAAGCUUGGAAACCUCGCAGUAAGACGAAAAAACGCCCUAAACAGAAACCAGCCCCAUUGAGUAAAUAUCGCAGAAAAACUGCCAAUGCUCGCGAACGCAGCCGAAUGCGUGAAAUUAACGAAGGAUUCGAAGCAUUACGUCGAGCUCUGCCCCAUCUGACUCCCGAAGCCGACAACAAUGAAAAAUUAACCAAAAUAUCUACCCUAAGGCUAGCCAUGAAAUAUAUCACAGCUUUAAAUCACAUACUGACAGAUACCACGGAUACCGAAUCAGACGGCGAAUCGUUUUUCAGCGAAUACGCGUCCACGGUGGCCGAUACUAUGAGCGAUCAAUCGCUGACACCUCCUACCUUCAGCGAUCAUUCGUUUUCUACCGAUUUUUCCGAUCAGCUUUUAUCGCCUUCGGAUUUCACCGGGCAAAUUUCACCCCAUAGUGAUCUGGAUAUAUGCACGAGUGGCGCGUUACCCUUAUCCGGAGAUUUUACUAUAUCGGAUUUCGUCUGCGCGUCCGAUACCGGCUGCUCGAAUUCGCUAGAUAGUUGUUUACCUGAAAUUAAUUUCGAUGAAAGUGAGUACACUUUUGAAAGCUUGAAUUAUAUAGCCAAUCUAAGCUAACCGAGGAUCUGAUUUUUUAUUCCCUAGUGCCCGGUGUUUGUAUAUAAAGUUAGAGUAUUUUUUUCUUUUUUUUUCAUGUCUUGUAUGCGUCUCUCUUUAUUUUUUUUACUGUCGUCGAUGUUUUUUUUUUAGUUUUGAUGUCAAGGUGCGUUGAGUGUUUUUUUUAAAUACUUAGAUAAAUUAUUAUUUAUUUUAAGUAAAAUAUUUUUUUUUGUGUAUUCGGUUGUGAAUUGUAAAUACGUACGUACGACGUCGUUAUUCUUUUUUUUUGUUUGUUUUCCCCAAAAAAAUUGUAAGUACGUCUAGUGAAAAAUUGACGAUUUUUAAAAUCUCGUUUCUGUUAAGUAUACUUAUUAGGAAAAUGCUUUGUUUUUAGUUUAUGUAUUGAACUUUUAAAGUAACUCGUUAUCGAUGAGAAUUGACUUGCAAAGUCACGUAAUUUUUUACCAAAUAAUCAAUUUUUCGAAAAAAAAGACAAAAACGUUCAAGGAAAAAAUAUUAAAAAAAAAAUGAAAAAAAAUUUACGUAACAAACAAAACUCCAGUUUUUUUAUAUUAAUAAAAACUUACAUUUCUCAAGUACCUACAUUAUAACUACCCAGCUACAAACUUGCCCCUCGGUUAAAAAAAUUACAGAUGAUUGGGUUAUAGAAAAAGAGGCGAAGAAUAAAAAUUACAAACUUUUUAGCUCAUAAAAUUGUCUAAAAUUUGGAAUAAAUCAGGGUCACGAAAACUGCAACCAAAUUGAAACCAUUCUCAUCCAUAGGUACCACUUCCUCGUACUUUCAUUUUCAAUAUUUUCACUUCAUGAAACAUUCUGUAGGCUUUUCACUCUCACCAUUAGGUACAUCUUCGUUCUCCAGCAUACCAUGUAGAUAAUGACGUUUUAAAAUGCUCAUUACUAAAUUAAAUUUGGUUAAUUGUAAUAAAUUUACGAGUCAUUCUGUCGAAUAAAUCAUAAUUUUGAAACUGCAUAGUGAAUUAUGUAAGCAUCACUUCGACGCACAGAAAAUAUUCCUGUUUUUAUUCUAAAAAAUAUCUCUGAUUAGAAUCAGAUCUAUAAUAAUAUACAGUCUCAACCCCUCUAGGACACUUCUUCUAGAAUAGGAAUGCAAUUUUUUAAUAGGCGGUAAAAUUUAGAGUUUCAAUCAAGGGGUGGAUCAAUUAAAAAAUUUUCAUUGAAAAAAAGUUUGUCAAAAAAAUUUUUACAUUAGGUACCUUUUUUUAAAAAAAAAUACAAAAAAAUCAUACCUAUAUUACAUACCUAGAUAAAAAUCAAAAAUUUUGAAAUUUUUUCGACCAGUGGUUUUUUUAAGUACCUAUUUUUAAUGAAUUCAUAAAAUAUUCGAAAAAAUUAAACAGCAAAUAAUUGAGAAUAUCUUCGAAUAUGUCGAAAAAUGGACUAAUUAAAAAGCACUGUGUGGAAUAUUCAACUCAGAAUUGAAGGGCCUGAUGGAAGAAGGGCCUCCUCGGCCGGAGGCCCUUUUUCCGGCUUUUGGUGAUUUAAGUUCCUUGAAGUCUUUACUACCUUUGGUGUGAGUUUCAGUUCAUGAUCAUGUUCCUAGAGCAAGCUACGUGAUGUUUUAUUCAUAUCUCUUUGAAUAAAACAUCUCAAUCGGUGUACCGCCAUACCGUAGGUACCUGUUACAGUUUCAUAAAAAUUGAUCUGGAGGCGAAAGGAAGCAUCCUACAAAAAUUUCAAGUACUUAACGUUGUAGAGAAUUAAAUUUCCAAUUGACAUGAUGUCGUUACUUUUUUCCUAAAAUGCUUAGUUUUUGAUUUAUAUCACGUAAAAGAUGAAUUUGAAUGAAAAUCAAAAUCAGCUUAUAGAAAAAAAUUGAUCUGGAGGUGAAAGGAAGCAUCCUACGAAAAUUUCAAGUAAUCAAAGUUGUAGAGAAUUAAAUUUCCAAUCGACUUAAUGUCAUUAGUUUUUUUCUAAAAUGCUUAGUUUUCGAUUUAACCACGUUAAAAGAUGAAGUUAAUGAAAAUCAAAAUCAACUUAUGGAAGAAGGGCCUCCGACGCGAGUUUUUAAAUCUCAUUUUUUUCGAAUAUGUGGAUAAAUUAUUUGGCAGGUGAUGGUCAAUACUUGUUGCUGACACUUCAAAUAAAAAAAAACUCCAACCACAAAUCAAUACGUUGAGUAUUUUUUAAUUGGCAACAAAAGUAAAGCUUUAAACGCGUUUUUCUCAAAACUAUGUUUUUCCGAGGAGGCCCUUCUUCCAUCAGGCCCUUCAAUUUUGAAUCUUUGGAAAAAUAAAUUGCAUACCUAGUCAUGGUUUUGAGAGGAGGAAGAGGGAGUAAGAAUUUCGAGUAAAAUUAUGGAAAGUUUUUUUUUUAAAAAAAGGCAAAAUUAAAUUAUGAUUCUAGUAUUUUUUUUUGGGUGGGGGGGGGGAGGCAAAGACAUCAAAGACAACUCUUUCGUGCUACUUUUCAUAAAAACCCUGGAGUCAAUUUACAUAGUAUAUCUAUAAAUACGAGAGCACAGUUAUUUUUAAACGACGACUUCUUUGAAGAACGACCCAAUUUUUUUGCCAAAUCCAAGAAUUGACCAUGAACGGAAAUAAUUUUUGAGUCGAAUGCACAAAUCGAAUUAAAAACUUUUUUUGGCAAACUUAAACAUAUCAAACAUUCCAUGAUCAGGUUGAAAAGUUCAAUAGUUGAAAAAUUCAGUUCAGAGCUUUAGAGAAAAGAGGGUAAAGAAGGCAAUUUGCCUCGAACUCUGAUUCUUUAAAGGCACCUGAAAUUAAGGGCUUGAGAUGAAUGAAAAAUAUUUACGACUCGUACAGUGUUGAAAUUUCAAAAUUUAUACCUAAAAAAAUUUCAAUUUCGAGUUUAAAUUUUUUUUAAAAAUCGUGUCAAUUGAUUUAAUUCUAUCGUUUUUCCAGAAGUAAUUUUUUUAAUGGAGGGAAGUCAAAAUGACUUGCUCUGAGUCCACCUAUAGGCUCCCCACGACUCAAGUCAAAAAUCAUGAGACCCUUCAUCCCCCAAUAGGAAUCUCAUCUCUCUGAAAUUUAACCAUACCAACGCGAGAAUAACUUCGAUUUUUUUCAAAAAAAUUUAUCUCCAUCGAGUAGUUUAAAAAAGAUACCUGCAUGAGUUUAAAUUUCCCCUCCCUUUCAGCUUCUUUACUUUGAAGAGUAAAACUAGUGUGUUUAAAGACCAGCUUCGUGAAUAAAAUUUGUUGAGGAAACAAAGUAAGCUAGAAAAAUUCCUAAAAAAAAUCAGGCCGAAAAAAAUGAAGAAAAAAAACAAAAGAAAAACAAAUUUCAAAGAGAAAAGUAAAAAGGCAGGCUAAAAGAAAUCACAAAAGAAGAAAGAGAUUCCCAAGAACUUGUUCAAAUUUUCAAUAAAAUUAUUCAAUUAUUUUCUCCAAAUUGAUCCGACAAGUCUUAAAAUUAGCAAACAGUUAAAACUGACUCUAAAUUUGGGAAAAUCAUGGACUUCUUAAAAUAGGUACCUAUUCGUGAGUACAGUUAUCAAAAUUUUUAUCCAAGUAUUCCAAUAAUUCAAAAAAAUCAUCGAUGACUCAAAAUUGAAAACUUUUCUACAAUAUUUGAUUACAUUUCCCCCUCCUCCUCCUUCUCCUCCUCUCAAUUUAAUCGAAAACCCUUGUAAUGAAAGGAUACGAAUUAUCUAAAAAAUAACUCAAGAAUCACCAACACUUUAUUCAAAAUCAUUCACCGCGAAUUUUCCAUCCUUUGAAGGCAAGUCAUUUUUGAAAAAAAUCAUCAUUCAGUAAAUUAUUUACCAAUACUCAAAUCGUACAAAAUAAAUUGAAAAUUCAAAUAAAAGAACAUAAUUUUUAUUAAUUAAUAUUUUCGUUUAUGUUUUCAUAAUGAUGAUUUAUUGGCACCACUUGAAAAAAUUUUCACAUCUAAAUCUGCGUGAGAAAAUUUUUUUCAUUUUAUACAAAAUGUUUGAAAAAGUGAACUUAAUGAGCUACCUGUGCACUUUUUACACGUGUGUUCAAUUUGAAAAAUUAUUUCUUUUCAGAAAAAUCAAGAUUAGUUCAAUUCGAUUUAGGAAAACCAUUCUACUCGUAUUAUUUCCUUUUAGGUUUCGUAGACGUGAUUGACACAAUUAUUUAUCUUAUAUGAUACGAGAUUAGACGGACAAUACUUUCAUUUUUUACACUUAGCACCAGGCCAUUAUCUAAAUUCAGCGCUUCAGUGGCCGGAGAAGGGGGAGGAGAUUGAUUAAUUACGUGCAAAAGUACAAAGAUUUUUCUUCCCUAUUUUAUGAAAAGUAUCAAGUGCCUACUCGCAUUGCAAAAAGAAGAGGGAAACAAUUGAAUGAACACAUCCCUACAGUAGAACGAAGCAAAAAAAAAAAAAAAAAAUCAAAAAAUUGCACUAGAUAACUAAAUGGUCGUUUUUUUUUGUUUUUCUGGAAUAUUUUCUUAUAUUUUUGAUAAUUCUGAGUAGGGAAAUUAAGCUUGCCUUAUUUAUACGCAGAAAGAAAUAACGUAAAAUCAGUCGAGACACGAUUUUCACAUAGUUUGAAUACAUUCUACACAAUUUGAUGACAUUUCAUACAAACUUUGUCUAUAGAAAAAUCGCACGUACUCUUAUUUUAUUACCAUCAUUUUCACGUAAAAAAUUUUCAUCGAGAACCCAAGCUUGUGGCAAAGAAAUCGCAUCAUUCAAAUGGACACUCAAAGGGGAAAAAAAUCACCCAAUUUUUUCCUCCACCUUUUUCAUUCCUCUUGAACGCUCAGCAUCUCCUCACAAAAAAUGUUCCAAUAAAAAAAAUUCUCCACUAAAGAACUAAAAUAUAAAAAACUUGACCAAAAAAACUCUAAAAAUCCACCUAGGUAUGCACUAAAUUCACCUCAACGACGUAAUAUUCGACUAGGUACUUGAAAAAUCUAGCCCGUUAUUACCUUUAGUAAAAAUAUUUGAAAAAAAAACUAUGUUAUAAAAGUAUCCACACGCUGAGAACAUAUUAAAUAAUCCAUAGGAUAAGAGAGAAAAAAAUACCAUACCUUUCCACUCGAGGCAUAUUUUACGACCUUAAAAAAAGAAACUCUCAAUACCGAGAAAUAUUAAUUACGAUGAUUUAUAAUAUUUAUUAAGGAAUAGGUAUUAAGGGAAGUAUUUGGAAAAAAAGUGCCCUUUUUAUGCAUUAUUAUGUUACACCAUCAACCAUCACAUAUGACAUGGCUUCGAGAGAAGUGGGAAGUGGGAGGAGGGAGGGGAAAACCUCUACGUGUAAAUUUAUUUCUUCGACUUGGUUUGGUUUACCUACACGUAUGACAUAAGUACCUAUAUGAAUACGAAAGCAAAAGUAAAAUGGUGAGAGAGACAUCAAACAAAUAAAUUAUAACCUUGGAUGUCGAUAAUCUGUGGAAGUGGUUUUUUGGGAGGAGUUUUGACGUUCAGUACGAAUUUUAUGGGUUUUAUUAUAAUCAUUUUUUUACGAUCGGUUAACCUUACCAUUAUAUAGAUCGAAUAUACACACUACACAGCAGCCGAGCCGCGGUGGCGAUAUUUUACAAUUUUAUAAGGAGCCGGUGUGACAACGUUUUGAUGGGGUUUUAUUAUUAUUACACCAUAAUAAUAUUCUCUACCUAUACCAAAUAACAUAAUACUCAGUCAUACCACCAGGUACGAGUAAGUAUAUUGGUACCCAAACCUAAAUUAAUGCUCAUGUAUUCACGUAUUGUAUAUUCAUCUUCAGUAUAUACACAGUACACACACAUUAGGGCAUUAAAAACGAAGUAAAUUUUCACAAUAGUCGCGACUCCGGUGGUAGAUAUGGAGAAAGUCUGCUUACACAUACACACAGGUCUUUGAUAAAAACUUAUAGUACACGAGGAGAGCUUUUUCGCUCGACUUUUAUACGGCGCGCGCGACCACCAACCUAUAAACGCGAGUAUCAGUAUAUGAUUUUAUUUAUAUUACGAAAAGAUUAACGGGCGAUACCCGGCAGCGUAUCAAUAACCCAAGUACUCGAUAGUUUAGCCAAUAAACACCGAAAACGUGAUCGAGUAAAUAUCUCGGCUUCGACAGAUGAAGUUAAUUUACAAGUGAUUUCUCAGCCAGUUUUGAAACGCUCUUACGUCUAUUACGCGGCCGAGUUAAAUCCUCGAACAUAUUCUCUUCGUGACACUGGCUGGUCUUGGGUACCAUCGUGGGCCACCUUUUUCUCUCUCUCUCUCUCUCUCAUCUCUGCAUUCGUCUGGGUACAUUUGUCUUUUUCUUACAUAUAAUCGCGUAUGACGUUUAUGGUUAUAUACCUAUAGUAAAGUAGAUAGGGUAAGCGUGACUUUGUCAACAUGUUGAUGGAGUCCAAGUCCCCAAGUCUUUGGUUCUCUCAUCUCGUCUCUCUAUAAAGACCCGUAUAGACAUAGAGGUAGGUAAGUGUACGUACACGAGAAUCAAACAGUAGUUCAUUCAAUAUCUUUAAACCGUACCCCCUGAGGUGUUCCAAGUCUUCCAAAUAAUCCCCGACUAGGUAUAGUACAUAUAUAGUUUAUCGAUAUGGAAUCUCUAAUAAAUAUUGACCGUUUUAUAACCGGAGGGUAUAUUUUAUCAAGAUCGAAUAUAAGUUUAUCCGAUUUACAGUGGCACAUCCGAGGAUCAUUGAUUAUAUAGAAGGGUUGAAAGUCUUUUUAUAUAGAUGAUUUUGGUAUUUAAAUAAUAAUCGUAGGUAUUUGCAUUUUGAAUGAUUUUUCCCCCUUUUGAGUGAGGAAAUAUCACUGAGGAUUUUGAUUGAAAUUUUAUCAGAUCAGUUUCUGGCUAAAAAUUUAUGAAGUUGAGAGGAUCGAACUCGAGCCAGAAUGAUUUUCAAAAGUUACUGACAUUUUCGAAGAAUAUCGAGCUAUUUUGUGAAAGGAAAACCCAGACAGAAGGUGAGAAUGCAGUCUUAUUACACUUUCUCUAGAAUAAAGAAUAACGGGUUAAAUAAUGAAAAAAAGGGCAACAGGAUCUCGAAUUUUCGAAAUGAAAACCACAGAUUGAAAACUAAAUUUAUUGACUUACCUACUAUAAAUCAAAAGCUACGUAAGAUAAGUAUUGCUGAUAUUUAUCUAAGGACUGGUCAGAAGUGUUGGUUGCCGGUCGGACCGAGCGGUUGCCUACAUGUAGCAUAUGAAGGGGCUACCUACACGGUAUAUUCACUUUUUCUGAAACGAGCCUUGUUUUGGAAAUUCAGGGUUGCCAAUGUUUAAAAAAAAAAUAAAUAAAAUUUUUUCAAAACUGAUUAGCAAUUUGGGUAGAGGACAUCAAGACAAUCAAAAAAUGUCAUUCAUACUUUUUGCCUAACUCUAGAACUGAAGGGGCUUCGUAAAUUUGAAAAAAAUUAUUUUACCUUAAGAAAUUGAAUGAACGACAGUAGGUACAUUUUUUUUUUUUUUUUUUAAUAUGCAUUGAAUGUAAUUUUAUACUUCAUUAACGAUACCAAGUAUCAUAGUUCAACAUAGGCGCCGCAACCAGGGGGGCCGGGGGGCCGUGCCCCCCCCACCAAACUCAAAAUUGGCCCCCAAGCAGAAUUCAUAUUUAUGUAAAAAAACAUUCUUUUUAAAAAAAACACUACUGUCAUCACAUGCUUGAAAAAAAAUGAAAAUCUCGAAAAGUCGAAAAGACUGGUUUUUUAGGAAAAUGCAAAUCAGUUCAAUAUUUGAGUGACUUCUAAAAAUGACUUUUGCAAGGAAAACAUCAGCAGUGAUGAACUUUUGACCAAACUAAAAAAAACCAUCGUAUACCUCUUGAAAGAAUUAAGGACUGAUUUUUGAAAGUUUUGCCCUCUCGCUCGGGCCGUUUGCUUUUCUGUUUUCCUUCUUACAUUUACAAAAAAAUCGUCAUUCAAAUUUCAUUGUUUCAUGCUUCUUGCUUCUCGAAAUACUAAUUUUCAAGAACGUUUGGGCUAUUUUUUUUCGCUUUUGAAUUUUUCAAAAAAAAAACCAUCAUAUUUUGAACUUUAAAAUUUUGAAGCAAAAUGUAAAUGAUAAACUUUUUAGAAGUAACUCAGCACUGUGCAGCUCCAAAAUUUCCUUUGGAUGAGCUCUGGUUUUUAAAAUUUUCAUUUUUUUUUCUUUUUUCAAGUUUUUAUUUGCACCAAAAAUGAAUGUAUUUUGAAACACUGUUUUUAACGCAAACGAACGAAUAUAGGCACUCGGGUACCCUACUAAAAUCAUAUAUUACGUUAAAAAAUAUAUGCAUGUAUAUACUGUUGGUAAUUUGCCUUUAUAGCCCCCCCCCCCCAGAAAUUUGACCUCAGCGGCGCCUAUGCCAUUCAAACGAAACAGAGACUUAGAAUCUUACAAUACAAUAAUUCAGUUUUAUAUCAACAAUUUGAACACAACGUUAAAUGAAUUCUAUUUCAAAAAUGGUAAAUAUGUAAAUAAAAGAGAAAUAAAAUUGUAUAGGUAAAAUAAAAAAUUUAAAAAUUAAACAUCAAUGAAAAUAACAAAAACAAUUUCAAAUCACUCAAAGACUAAUUAAAAUCAAAAACACAAGAAUCAAAAUCAAAUCAGCCAGAAUCCCGCAAUUAACUCGAUGAACCAACAAUGAAUUCAAGCUAAGGAUAUGUUUUGAAAAGUGUGAUCAACGCGAUUUUGAAAAACUUAUAUAGUGGAUUUUUAAAAUAAAAUAAAUAGUAAUUUAAAAAAUAUUAGGAAUGUACCUAUACAAUGAAACCUUGGAUAUUUAGCUACCUAAUCGCCAUAUUCUCUCCAAAAUUUACCAACUAAAUCGACUUUUUAGAAGCUAUAAAAUGAAACCUUCUUUAUUUACAGAAAUUUGUGGUAGAAUAGGUAGGUUAGGUACCUACUCAAAGAAAUAAAGAAUUGUAAGCACAGAAAAUUUAUUUUUCCUACGAUUAAAAAAAAAUUAAAAUAAUAAAUAUGCACCUAAAUAAAUAAAACUAGUAAUUAAAUUUUUUGAAAAUUUCAACCAGAAAAAUAGAAAAUCACUGUAACAAACUUUUUUUUGAGGGAAAAUGUAAAUUGGGCACACAUUUUACUUUUUAUAUGUAACCUGGGCACAAAACGAACGGUCGGCCAUAAUGUAACAUACCUACCUACUUAGUUGAAAUAAUGACAUUGUUUCUUAAAUUUUUCAUAAAAAGUCAGUUCUACUCAAACAUGUACCUAUAUGUACUUGGCUUUUUGUUUUUUCCUCCCUUCGAAAAAUUAAUGAAAAUGAAACAAACAAAUAAAAAUAGUUCUUUACCACUCAAAAUCAUAUACAUAUAACACUUCAUGUACGGAUAAGUAGAUCUAUACAUGAUGUAGAGCUGAAUAUUAAAGUAUACCCUCAUGAAUUGAAUCAUAAUACUUAAACAACUAAAAAAAAAAUCAUCUUCAACAGCUGAUACAUAGACGCUGUGAAUCGGAAACGAGUGGAUCCUAUUUAUCACCAAUGCACUUCGUAUUGUAAGGUGUGUAAUUUUUAAAAAAGUUUCAUCUUCGAUAAUACAUAAUUAAAAACGUCUCAUUUUCGAAAAAAAAACAAAUUUUUGAAUAAUUUUUUAGGCAACAAGCACAACUUUCUAAGGUGAACAUAUAAUGUUCGAGUAUUAUUCUCUAAAAUUGAAUGAUGUCGACAGUAGGUACGUACAGCAGUAUGAGCAAAUUAAAUUAAAAAUUUGUUCUAUAAUUCCUUAAAUUUCAAAGAUAGGCAAUUUCACAAAAUAAUUUUUUUUGCUCGUCUCGAAAAAUUGCACCAAAAUUGACCUUCAAGGUUCAAAGUCAAUAAAAUUUCACUUUUGAAAAAUUACGAGGGACUUAUAAAAAAAAAAUCAUAAGUCAUUACUUCUACAAUUUGAUAUCCAUCAAUAGUCUAAAUUUCAGCAAUUUCAUCAAUUUCAACUUACAUUAAUUCACUCGUAAUUCGUACUUAAAUUUACAUUUUAAAUAGGUAUUUCAAAAAUAUUGUAGUUUUUUUUCAACUUUCAAGUCCAAGUCCCAUAAAAUUUUCCAAAAUUGAAAUUUUGUUUACUUUGAAGGUCAAGGUAGGCAGAGGCAGUAAAAAAAAUCAAUUUUUCCAGACAAGCAAAAAUUCAUUUUAUCUCUUCAUCUGCUAUACUUAAUGCCUUCAAUUUUAGAGACAGACUAUUUUCUAAGAGAAUAUUUUUAGCUAGCUUCAAGAAAUUAUGCCAGAAAAAUCCUUCAAACCUUCAAAAAAAUUCUGUUUUUCCCCGAAAAUUUAGAAAAGUUUUUAACAAUUGAGCUUCACUGAAAAAAAUUCUCACACAUCUUACGAAACUAAGUGCAUUGGUGAUAAGUAGUUACCACCACAAAUCCCCCACACCAAAAGUAGAGAUAUUACGUAUCUAUUUUGGUAGAAAAUAAAUUCCCCCUAUUCUGUACUAAAACGCUUCUGCCAAUCGUGAUAACAGAGUGAAAUCAAAGGAAGCUAUGUAAAAUACGAGAGUCUAAAUCUUUAAGUUGCGACAAUUUUUGUUCGAAUAACUUUGUUUGAAUAGUAAUUUGUCUUUUUCGUGGAUUUGGUUCGUUUCACUCGUUCUUAAGAAAAAAAUUAAUAAAAAUAAAGUAGGUACCUAAAAUGCAGUAAUGCAUCCUAUUUGUAUGAUCGACAAUAAAGAAAGAACUUGAAUUAAUAAUCAAAAUAUGGUAUUCGUUUCAUCAAACAGAAGUCAUGUCUUACCUACGAGCAUUCUUUUCAAAAUACAUAAAGUAGGCUACUGUUUUUGGAAGCUUCAGCGGAUUUUUUGGAUCCUUCAGUUUUCGAAAAAACGUUGCAACCCAUUCGAUAGUACAUUGUAUAUUUGUGCUUGCAAUGGUAGCAACGAGGUUUUUCGAUUUGAAUAGGUAUAAUGUAUACCGCAAUAACAUAGAUAAGUUUGAACUUACGAUUAAAGCUAUCACUGAAACAAAAUAUGUACUAAUAACAAUCAAUUUUUGAAAAAUUAUUCAUUAAAAAAUUAUUUAAAAAAAUACUUUUAAAAAUAAUUUUAAUAAACAAAAAUUAACAAAUCAUAAUUUUUUUUCAAUUAAUUCUCUAUUUAAUGCCUAUAAUAUUUAUUGGUUUUAGUUGAAAUAAUGUGAAACAAUUUUUUCAAGGGUGCCCAAUUCACAUGUGUCAUUCAUUUACCAAUUACUGGAGUAAUUACUUAUUUUGAAAAUUUUUCUAUGAGGGGGAGAAAUGGAGAGGUGAAACAUGCUUAGGCAUAAUGUUAUAAAAAAAGUACUCGUAUUUUUCCAGAAAAUUGAAACUCAGUAGUCGACUUGAGAAGAUAAAAAUUGAUCAAAAUCUCUUUAAACAUAAUAUUUGAUAAAAAAUUCAUAAAACUUUUUCAACUAUACAAGAGUGGUAUUUUCCAUAAUGCAUAAAAAAAGUAUAGAAUGCAAAUACAUAAAUAUUCUUUUCAAUACAGUAUACAAAUAAAAAAAAACCAUUCCGGACGUGCCACCACACUCGAACAUAAUAGAUAUAUUUGUAAAAGGGAAAAGUGCAAUAAUUUUAAGACUUACACGUGUCUAGUUACCCAUGAAAGAAAAAAAGAAAAUCAUCUAAUCGCUUAUUUUAAAAUCGAGCACGUGGACAUAGUCCCAUAAAUAGGCCUAGAUGAUAUUUUUUUCUUUUUUUUUUAUUCGUAUAUUAAAGUACUACAUAUAAUGUACGGUACGUUCUUUCAUCGCAAAUGCCACGAAAGCGACCUAAUUUUUGCGUUUAUUAUUUUAUAAGAUGUACUCAGCGAACAUAUAUGGUAAGAUUUUUUACGUAUGUAAAUGUUUAAAUACGAUAAGCUUCCAGUCAUUUAGUUUUUAAUUAUUGUGUAAAUUUGUAAAUAUGUCUACGUGUACUGCGCCUUCGAAAAUAUAAUCGUGUAUUUUUUUUCCUA